GUUCUUCUUCUUCUUUGUUGUGUGAUAAGGUCAGGCGACAACAAUGGCUUCCUCUGCAACAGCACCAAACUCACUAUCCUUCUUCUCCUCUUCUCUCUUCUUAUCCUCCUCUCACCGAAUCCCUAAAAUCUCCAUCUCCGUCGCGAAACCAAUCUCCGGCAGACUUUCAAAGCCUCUCUCCGUCGCAUCCCAGCUAGCGACACUACCAAUCUUCUCCUUCGAGGGAGAGAAAAUCGGAGAGACUUACCUAGACCUCAAAUCCGCGCCGGAGUACACCGCGCGCGCCGUCGUCCACCGCGCAAUCGUCAACGACCUACAGAACAAGCGGCGAGGCACGGCGUCGACGCUGACUCGCGGCGAAGUCCGAGGCGGUGGAAUCAAGCCUUACGCGCAGAAGAAGACCGGUAACGCGAGGAGAGGGUCUCAGAGGACGCCGCUGCGUCCCGGCGGAGGCGUGGUGUUCGGUCCGAAGCCGAGGGAUUGGUCGAUAAAGAUCAACAGGAAGGAGAAGAGGCUCGCGAUAUCGACGGCGAUUUCUAGCGCGGUGACGGCGGAAGGUGGGGCGAUUGUGGUGGAGGAGUUUGGGGAUAGGUUUGAGAAGCCGAAGACUAAGGAGUUUUUGGCUGCGAUGAAGAGGUGGGGGUUGGAUCCGAAGGAGAAAGCUAUGUUUCUGAUGAUUGAUGUGGAGGAGAACGUUGCGAAGUCGAGUAGGAAUAUUGGGACGUUGAGGAUGUUGACGCCUAGGACGUUGAAUUUGUUUGAUAUUUUGAAUUCGGAUAAGCUCGUGUUGACUCCUGCGGCGGUUGAGUUUUUGAAUGCUAGGUAUGGUGUUGAUGCGUUGGAGGGAGAUGAAGAUGAUGGUGGUGAUGAUGAAGAUGAGACGGAAGGGGCAGAGGAAGCUGAAGAAUGAGCAAGGAGCUUUAUGAGUUUUUCCAACUUUUUUUUUUUCCUUUUUUUGUAGCUACAAGAGAAUAUGUGUAUUUGAUUUAGAUUCUUGAAAGAGAUUGUUCCCAGUUUAUGUUUUCAAGCCUUUAUGAAGUUCCAG